UUUCAUGCGCCGGUAUUUGCGCGUGCGUUCGUGUGUAAAUGCAGGCACACGAGUGUGUAUGUAUGUAUGUAUAUAUGUAUGUGUGUGCGAGGACGUACAUGUGUAUACGUCCAUCAUGAGUCAGAACCCAUGGUCGGUCCGCGUUUCGUAAUUAAUUUCUACGGUGAGGAGAAAAAUGCGAGUCUAGACUCGGGACUACGACACCUGCUCACUCCCGGGCCGCUUGUCCUCGGAGGACAUGCCCGUUGUGCCCGGUAAAUCGUGCACCUUUUAUCUUCUUUCUGCUCUUCGUAUCCAUUAUGUGUGCUUAGUGUUGUGUGUUUUCUUCUCUUGUUUCUCUCGCCGAAUCUUCUGUAUCCCUGGUUCUGCCCUUCCAUCGGGUUAACGUUUCUCUGUCCUUCAUCUACAGUCGACCAGAGCAUAAUUUAUUUCCUGUCUUCUUAUAUGUUAUGAAUUUUCAUGCAACAACACCAACAGAAGAAAGGAUUGUGUCCGAGACGGCAUUUUAAGCCAUCAAAAGUACGAACACACAAAUGGUUCCUCGACUGGUAUGUUUGGCCGAUUUUGAACUGUCAGUUUUGACUUCGAUCGAACUUUCACGAGAAAGAAUGGAUUGUGAAUUUUUCGACAGUUUUGUUUAUCGGACUUGCCUACCGCUUUGUUUUGCUUCCGUCUGAAUAAGACGAAUUGAAUCAGGUAACAUAAAUAAUUAAGGGUAAAAGAAAUAGAAAAAAAACAUGGAUCAGAAUAGAAAUAGACCAAGUAGACCUCGUCUUCGUUCUCAUGGCAAUUCUGCAAGAGUACUUGUAUUUGAUCAGGCUGAAAGCGAAGAAUCUGCUUGCAGCACUGAAGCAGAAGUGCAAAAACGUCCAAUUCCACCAAAAGUAGAAAGCAAGGAAGCUCCAGUUCGACCUGUUAGUGGAGAACUCUCAAAUCUGGUUCGAAUGAGGAAUUCUGCAAUUGGGAAGUCUGCACCUUCGUUAUCUGUUCACGUGCGUGAUUUUAACAUUCCCCGGCGUGCUGCUAAAGCAGCUCAUCGUAAAUCUUUUAUUGCAACAACAUCUCCAACUUUACCACGUUGUCAUUCACCAUUGUCAGCAUUUGUCCCGAUUGUAGGCAGUCCUCUAGAGAGUCCUAGGAUGUCAUCCAGUCCACAUUUUGCUUUUGCUCCAAUUAAAAGGAUUGGUGGAGGUACAACAGGAACUGGAGAUGGCAGACGAUGGUCAGUUGCUAGCUUACCAUCUAGUGGUUAUGGUACGACACCAGGUUCCAGUAAUGUUUCGUCACAGUACUCGAGUCAAGAACGCUUGCACCAACUUCCAAAUGUUCCCACCAAGGACGAAUUACGUAUGCUUUCUUGCCAUUUUUCUAAACCCGGCACGCCGUGUUCUUCGCAUCCAGGUUUUCCAGGAUCUAGUAUUUCUAGUAUUCCAGGCAGUGUAUCUCUCAGUCUCGAUGAAGAAGGUCGUAGGUCACCGUUACACAGACCGCGGUCACGAAGUUUAAGCAGUCCGAGUCGAUCUCCUGUAUUGGACAGCGAAAUUGUUAUGAUGAAUACUCUUUAUAAGGAAAGAUUUCCAAAGGCAACACAGCAAAUGGAAGAACGUUUAACUAAUUUUAUUAAUGAAAACAAGGAAUUGGAUGAAUAUGAGGUAAUGGCAAAUAUGACCCAAGAUUCACUACCGAUUUUACGGUUUGUGCAUCAUCAAGUAAUUGAAAUGGCGAGGGACUGUUUACAAAAAUCUCAGGAAAAAUUAAUUACAACUAGAUAUUUUUACGAAAUGAGUGAAAAUUUGGAACAUUUGUUGAUGGAGACAAAAGAUAAGUCACUUGAUGCAGCAACAAGAUUAACGGGGCUUAUCAAAAAAUUACUAUUAGUAAUAUCACGUCCAGCUCGUCUAUUGGAAUGUUUAGAAUUUGAUCCAGAGGAGUUUUAUCAUUUACUCGAACAGGCUGAAGGUCAAGCAAAAAUUAAUGCGGGAAUAAAAAACGAUAUACCUCAGUAUAUUAUUAACAAACUUUCUCUUAAUAGAGAUCCAAUAUCAGAGCUGCAAGAAGAUUUAAAUAAGCUAGAAGAUUCGGCAAGUUCGAGCGAUAGCAAUUUACAAAUCGCUUCAAGUCCAAAUAAAGACGAUGAAAAAUCUCACCGCGUUCCUUGUGAAGGCGAUUAUGAAGUAUUGAAACUCAUUAGUAAUGGUGCAUACGGCGCAGUGUAUUUGGUUAAGGAGAAAACUACACGACAAAGAUUUGCUAUGAAGAAAAUAAAUAAGAACAAUUUAAUGCUAAGAAAUCAAGUAGAACAAGUUUUUGCUGAGAGAGAUAUAAUGAGCUUUACAGACAAUCCAUUUGUAGUUUCUAUGUACUGCAGCUUCGAGACAAAAAAGCACUUGUGCUUAGUAAUGGAAUAUGUAGAGGGUGGAGAUUGCGCGAAUCUUUUAAAAAAUAUCGGUCCAUUGCCACCGGACAUGGCAAGAUUUUAUUUUGCAGAAACCGUUUUAGCUGUUGAAUAUUUGCACAGUUACGGUAUUGUUCAUCGAGAUUUGAAACCUGACAAUUUACUUAUUACUGCCCUUGGUCACAUUAAGCUUACUGACUUUGGUCUCAGUAAAAUGGGUCUUAUGUCCCUGGCGACAAAUCUUUACGAAGGAUACAUAGAUAGGGAUACGAGACAAUUUUCCGAUAAACAAGUGUUCGGCACACCUGAAUACAUCGCCCCUGAAGUUAUAUUACGCCAGGGAUAUGGUAAACCUGUUGACUGGUGGUCUAUGGGCAUUAUAUUGUACGAAUUUCUAAUUGGCUGUGUACCAUUUUUUGGUGAUACUCCGGAAGAGUUGUUUGCUCAUACUGUUAACGAUGAUAUCGAUUGGCCGGAUGAAGAUGAUUGGCCUAUUCAGCCAGAAGCAAAAGAUAUUAUAACAGCGUUGCUUCAACAAAGUCCUAGAGAUCGUUUAGGCACUGGUGGAUCUCAUGAAGUAAAAGAGCACCCAUAUUUUUAUGGAGUAAAUUGGAAUAGUUUACUCAGACAAAAGGCUGAAUUCGUACCUCAAUUAAUCAAUGACGAAGAUACAAGCUACUUUGAUACUCGUAUGGAUAGAUAUAAUCACGAUAUAGGCGACGAUACUGACGACACCGAUGACUCCCCUUUGUUCGGAUCGUUUUCCUCGUAUUCUCCGCAGUCACGAAAAAUAUCUCAAACCCGUCCACCGCAGAUAAAUCCUGAACAAACAGAGUCGGAUGUCUCAAAGAAGCAAUUAUUCCGUACUGAGCUUGAACGCACAGUCGCGCAAUUGUCUUUCGGAUCUAAUAGCUCAACUACUCCUCCAUCCAAAUUAGCGGAAUCAACUCCGUCAGAAAAGAAUCGAUGUUCUUCGUCCAUUAGAAAUACCACGUACAUCGAAACGCCACCAAAGGCGGACAAGUCAUUCACGAGUCCUGCCACGGUGACCAGUGGCGAGUCCCAACUAACAGUUAUUAAAAACAGUCACAUAGAAGGGACGUGCAUCAGUUUGAGUACACCCGAUUCCUCGCAAACGGAGUCUGAGGAUAUCAGUCCGCAGAUCCAGAGAAAACGACACGUGCAUUCCCGUGAUAAGCUGCCCAGGUUCAGUAUAUGCAUUGAUGAUGAACACAUGUUGGAUUUAUUUGCUGCAAACAGAGAUACAACCGAGGAAAGCAAGCAUAAUUCUAGUACCGAUUCUUUCGAAUCAUUCAACGCCAUAUCAAUUAUUCCAUCCGCGAAACAAAAGUCGCGGUCCGUAAUUAAGUCCGCAUCCACUAGUGGAUUGUCCUUAGUUAUACCAACCAGUGAUUUCUCUUAUGAUGCGUCAUUAAAUACUCAACCAAUCGAAUCUCCUGGUGGAUCAUCCACUGCCUCUUCAAGAGAUACAUCCCCUUGUCGCGAACUGAGUCCACUAGUAACUAGCCUAAAACCUCCUAUUAUCAUUCGAAGAGGGCCGUGUGGAUUUGGCUUCACUGUGCACACUAUCAGGGUUUAUUAUGGUGACAGUGAUUUUUACACUAUGCAUCAUUUGGUUAUGGCUGUAGAUCAAUCCAGUCCAGCUUUUGAAGCUGGUUUAAGACCAGGAGAUCUUAUAACUCAUAUAAAUGGCGAGCCAGUCCAGGGUUUAUAUCAUAUACAAGUUCUUCAAUUGAUGUUGAGUGGUGGCGAUCACGUAACAUUGCGUAGUACACCAUUAGAAAAUACUAGUAUUAAGACGGGCGGAAGGAGAAGAGAUCUGACUCAGAGCAAAAUGGCACGCAGAACGCUGCAUAAACAGCGCAAACUAAAACGUGAUCAUUCCGAUAAGAAACGAAAGACGUCCCUUUUUAAACGAAUUAGUUCGAAACGAGCUAGUGUAGAGAUGCAACAGCCAUUAACUAUCAGUUGUCCAUUGUCAGCACCCAUUCUAUCCAGCGACAGCAAACCUCCACUUAUGAUGGCUGCGGGAAUCUGUUCGCCGUCAAUGGUAACACCUAGUCGGUCGUUCCAGUCAUUCACACGUUCUCAAGAAACGUCACCAUAUUUUGCAGCCUGUACAAAGUCUGUCUGCAGCCCGUCACCACCAACAAAUCGCGUUAACUCGGAUUCUUAUCACUCCACGGGGAAUUCAAGUCCCUGUUCCAGUCCAAACUCUUCGUCUCCGGGCUCCACUACGUCUGCUGCAAAUCUACCGACUAUCGCCAAUCAGUCUCAUUACCAGAGGCCGAGCACGCUUCACGGUUUGAAGCACAAAUUACACACAGCUGCAAAGAACAUUCAUUCGCCGAAUCGUAGAAAAUCUGUGGGACAUAUACCAUUGUCUCCAUUGGCGAGAACUCCGAGUCCAUCGCCCCUUCCAGCCAGUCCUACUAGAAGUCCUAGUCCGCUAGCGUUUCCUACGGGACAUCAACCCGGUAGCUCAAAUACUACGCAGUCCUAUAGCCCAGGUGUCUGCUUAUCAACGCCUAACAAUCAGAAAAAAAGUUAUGGACGACCGAAGUCAGCAGAGCCCGGUUCUCCUUUGUUAAGAAGGGCGCUUAGUCCAGACAGACUUCAUCCUCGAUCUGCGGAGAACAAAACAUCGAUCUCACCGUUGGCAAACACAGUGGUGAAAGUAACUCCACGUGCAACUAUAGCGCAAUCCUAUUCAGAAACCUCCGAGGAGUGCAGUGAUAGCUUCAAAGAACCAAACGACUCAAAAGUGGAGAAGAAAGUGUCAACGGAAUCAAAGUCGGAUUAUUCGAAAAUAUCUCAUGGGAUAUCGAUAAAUUUGGGAAACGUAGGUAUAUCUAAUUCUUGCGGCAGCACACAGCUGCCCAGAAUAGCAGAGGAGAAGGAUUCACCGACCGGUUCAAAGGCUGACGAUUACUCGAAGGAAGUUCUACCUUUAGAUAAGAUGGAUAAAAAUAACACGUCUAUGAGUAAGUUGACAGAAUCAGAGAAUAUUGGUGACCGUAGUAAUCGUGUUGAAUCGAAGACAGAGAGGCAGAAUUUGUGUAUAAAAAAUUUAGAAGUUUUAUCUAUUAAUAAGAUUGAGGAGGGCGCUCAAUCAGAUAAUUGUUUUAAUGUACAAGCGCGUAGUUCGCAAAGCACAUUUCACAAGCAAUCUCAGAACAUUGAAAAAGGUUCGCAAGCUUCGUCUCAAAAGACAUCAUCACAAAAUAAUGAAAAAGGCUCGCAAUCUUCGUGUCAAAAAAUAUUGUUGCAAGCCAGUGAAAAGAAUUUGCAAUCUUCCGCCCAGAAAAUAUUAUCGCAAGCCAACGAAAGAGGCUUCAUGCAAGGUGUAUCGCAGAAGUCAUCUCAAAACAACGAGAAAGUGUCACCAGCUGCGGUGCAGAAACUACUUCAAGGCAAUGAAAAAACAUCUGUGCCUCAUAAAGUGACCGAACAAAAGGCAGCUGGUAAAAAUUCAGAGGCUAAUCUGGAAGGGAGAAAAAUAUCGAAGAAGUACAAAAUUGAUAGCUCUGACGGCUCAAGUAACACUUCCUCCACACAACACUCAAACACAUUUGAGGCUAUGGGGACUGGGAAGGACAAGAAAAACAAUUAAAUAAUUAUCGUUCGAUCGAUCGUUUAGAUCUGAGAGUAUAGCGAGAUAAAAUGUUUGCGUGUAAUGAUCCGACUUCUUCUGCCAAUGGAACAAAUUGUCUGUUUUACAAAAGAUACAAUUUUAUGAAAGAAGAAAGUCGAAUGUCUGAUAGAUACACGGACAUGCAUAUUGUAACUCGAGUAAGAUCAGAAAGAUGAUAAAUCAAAAAAAAAAAAAAAAAAAAGGGUAAACUGGUUUAAUGUUUACAGCUUUAAAAGGAAGUUUGUAUUCGAAUUAAGUAUUUAUAGGCUUCCAUCGAA